AUGCUCCACGAAAUCCUCCUUUCCCUCUCGGGGCACCCGUCUCCGCUCCUCAGGGCGGACCGAACGGGCAUAGACACAUCCUCCGUGAUCUCGCCGCCCGAGCGUGAGCUCCUCGCCUCGGUUGCACAUCUCAGCGACCUCCACGUAAAGUUGAUCAACUCUACGGCCCAGAUCAGCUCCUCGCACCCGUCGGCCAUCUGCCGCGCCGUGACCACCGCCGUCGACUCCAUAUACCUCGCUGCCUUCCAGCGCAAGAUCCUCGAAGUGGAAGACUCCAUACUGCGCAAAGACGCUGGGCUUGUCGGCGCCUACAAUACUGUCCCCUUGACCGCGGUGGUGGGCGAGUUCUCCGGCUGGGUCAGGCGCAUGGAAUGGCUCUGGGCCCUUGUGCAGUUCAUCAAGGAGAAGACCAGGCGCGGCAAGGAUGAUGAGGACCUCUACUGCACUGGCGCCCAACUGAUAGAUCGGUUACGCGGGGAGUUGCAGACCGGCUAUGUCGACAUCGAGGAGGCAGUGCGCAAUCUCGUCCAAGCAGCAGAGAUUGCAUGGCUCAAACAAGUGUCGGCUUGGAUCCUGUAUGGUCGUCUACCAACGUUUGGAGGAGAUGACUUCUUCAUUCAGAGGAUAGAGGAUAGCGACGAGGAUUUUAUAUCAGUGCCAGAGCUGUUACCUUCGUUUGUGGCGCCCUCCACGGCCACAUCAAUGCUGUUCAUUGGCAAAUCACUGAAUCGAAUACGGGCCAAAAGCGCCCUCGAUACGAACUUGCGCGGCAUCGACCAUUUGUCGUCACAGCUGAAAGAAUUGUCCAGACUAACGUACCCAUUGGACCCCGCAACCUUUUUCAGAACCAUUACCGGCAUCAGGUUGCAUCUGUCCAAGACUAUCCUGCAGAAGCUGCUGCCCGUCAGCAAAGCUGUGGAGAUACUGCAACUCCUCCGGGACUUCUUCCUGCUUGGCCGCGGCGAGUUCGCCAUGGCGCUCAGCCAACAGGCAGACGAAGCGAUACGCAGUAGAUGGCAGCGCGCCGAUAAUUUGGCAUACGAGAAGCGCGAUGCACUAGCCACCGUCACAGUCAAGGAAGGCGAAGUGGCCGCUGUUCUAAGCCGGACAUGGGCAGUCCUUGGGUCUAUGCAAGGGCAGCAUGCUGAGGAAGACGAGGGCCUCGAGUUGGCACGGGAUCUACUCCAGCUCACUCUUACCAGGUCCAAGUCGACUACGCCGCUCAAGCCCAGCGUAAGAGCGUUGGCGCCAACGCCGUUUCAGAACCUACUGUUCUCUGUCCCUGCGAUCUUGACCCUAAAUAUACCCUCUCCUUUGGACCUCUUUCUCAACGCCACGGACCUUCAAACCUACACCGUCAUAAACUCUUACCUUCUCUCUAUAAGGAGGGCACACCUGCACCUGACCGAUCUUUGGAAAAUCACCUCGAUCCGUCGGCACCAUCCCCCUCCGCCCGGACCGCCCUAUGGCAGUACGAAGAAUGGACAGGCGAAAGUACGCUUGCUCCGUGAACGACACAUUGGUCGUUCAAACGCCAUGCGGUUGGCUUGGGUUACUUGUAGUGCCGCCAUAUUUUUCCUCGCCGAGACAGAGGGCUAUCUGCAGACCGAGGUGGUCUCUGGUUUGUGGGAAGGCUUUCAAAAGUGGCUUCUCACUGGGAGUGAUGACCCUCGACAGAACGAGCAGCAACACCCCGCAAAGCUGUCCGCUGCGUCAGAACAUACGGUGGAAGAGGAUGAUGUCUGGCUUGCAGCUUCGUCAUCAGAUCUGGACGGACAGCCCUCCCUGCGACACCACAAGGAAUCAGAAGGUUCGCAAUCUGAACCUCAUGACCCGGAAACACUCGCCGCUGCCCACAGGAUCUACCUGAGGACUCUAACGCGGCGUCUUUUGCUGACGAACAAAGCUUUUACGGACCCUCUGUACGAAGUUCUCGUCGAUGUUGACCAUCUGGUUGCUCUGAUCCGCCGUCUUCAUGGCAUCUGGACAUCCAUGGACCUCGAGGCCGACAUGGGCGUCAUUGAUGCAUUCGUCGACUUGGAACGGGAGGAGGUGGAUGUACAGAGAUCGAUCAAGAAGGUGGCGGAGAAGGUCAGGCUGGGCAUCGAGCAGGUAGUGGGAGUUUUGAGGGCCAUGGAAGGCAGCCCCUUUACCAAUGACGACUUUGCUUUCGACGAGGACGGGGGCGCUGCUGCGGAGGAAGACGAUGACGAUAUCGGGGCGGGCCUGCGACAGAGCGGCCACUAUGUGCCUCGUCGGGUGGGUGGCAUAGACAGGUUGCUGGUCAAGCUGGACUUUGGUGCUUGGUUUGACAAGAGCGGAUCGGGUAAUGGCGUUGACGACGAUGACCUAUGA